CGGCAUUCCUCUGCCUGUAAUUGUCAUACUGUCAAGUACUCUUUUUGAUUUUUGGAUAUUUGCUUGCGGUGCAAGAGGUUAAAGUGGAUAUUUCUAAUUCAAUAUUUUAGAAUUCUUGGAUAUCUUAUAGUCAUAAAUAUGAUGCAACCGCAAAUUGUACUCUUAAAAGAGGGUACUGAUACAUCACAAGGCAAACCACAAUUAAUAUCUAAUAUAAAUGCCUGCCAAACUGUUACAGAGGCAGUUCGUACUACGUUAGGCCCCCGUGGCAUGGAUAAACUUAUAGUAGAGAAACUAGGAAAAGCUACUAUAUCGAACGACGGAGCAACUAUUUUAAAAUUAUUGGAAAUAGUCCAUCCAGCUGCCAAAACUUUGGUAGAUAUUGCUAAAUCUCAAGAUGCAGAAGUUGGUGAUGGCACAACCAGUGUUGUAUUACUUGCAGGAGAAUAUUUAAAACAAAUUAAACCGAAUAUAGAAGAAGGUGUUCAUCCAAGAAUAAUAAUUGGGGCUGUUCGAAAGUCACUGCAGAUUUGUUUAGAAAAAAUUAACGAGUUGGCUGUAAAAAUUAAUAAGUCUAAUGCUGAGGAGUUCAGAUCGCUACUGGAAAAAUGUGCUGCAACAGCCAUGAGCUCCAAAUUAAUUAAUCAGCAAAGAUCUUUUUUUUCUAAAAUGGUUGUUGAUGCCGUUUUAUCACUUGAUGAGUUACUACCUUUAAAUAUGAUAGGUAUCAAGAAAGUCAAAGGAGGUGCUCUCGAAGAUUCAAUUUUAGUUACAGGAGUAGCUUUUAAAAAAACAUUUUCUUAUGCAGGAUUUGAAAUGCAGCCAAAGAUUUAUAAGAACUGUAAAAUAGCAUUGCUGAAUAUUGAAUUGGAAUUGAAAGCUGAAAGAGAUAAUGCAGAAGUUAGAAUAGAUAAUGUCAAAGAAUAUCAGAAAAUUGUAGAUGCAGAAUGGAAUAUUUUAUAUAGUAAACUACAAAAAAUCCAAGAAUCUGGAGCCAGCGUUGUACUUUCUAAAUUCCCUAUUGGAGAUGUGGCUACUCAAUAUUUUGCUGAUAGAGACAUGUUUUGCGCUGGUAGGGUUCCAGAAGAUGAUAUGAAGAGAACAUUGAAAGCUUGUGGAGGUGCAGUUAUGACUACUGUUAAUGAUCUGAAUGAUUCAGUUCUUGGUAAAUGUGAUACAUUUGAAGAAAAACAGAUUGGAAGUGAUAGAUACAAUUUUUUCAAGGGUUGUCCAAAUGCUAAAACUUGUACAUUGAUAUUACGUGGAGGAUCAGAACAAUUUUUGGAAGAAACCGAAAGAUCUUUGCAUGAUGCUAUAAUGAUUGUUAGAAGAACAAUAAAAAAUGAUGCAGUUGUAGCUGGAGGUGGAGCUAUCGAAAUGGAAUUAUCAAAACAUUUAAGAGACUACUCUAGAACAAUUGCAGGAAAAGAACAACUGUUAAUAGGAGCUAUUGCUAAAGCUUUGGAGAUAAUUCCAAGACAGUUGUGCGACAAUGCUGGUUUUGAUGCAACAAAUAUUUUAAAUAAAUUGAGACAAAAACAUGCUCAAGGAAAUUGUUGGUAUGGUGUUGACAUUAACAAAGAAGAUAUUAAUGAUAAUUUUGAUGCAUGUGUUUGGGAGCCAGCAAUUGUUAAAGUUAAUGCUUUGACUGCUGCCACAGAAGCUACAUGCCUCAUACUUUCUGUUGAUGAGACAAUUAAAAAUCAAAGCAGUGAAGAACUUCCCAUGACUGGAGGUCGUGGUUUAGGAAGACCUGAAUAAAAAAAUCACUUGGAUUACUCAGAAUCUCGUU